UUUAAGAUGACCUUAAAAUGAAAAAUUGUCUUUUUUGAAAACUGCAAUAUAAUCAAUUCAAUCAGUUUUGACUUAACAGAUACAAGAUGUUGUCACUCCUGCCAUAUAGAAAGCUGGAAACAUUGGAAAAUGAUAUAUUAAUGUGUCAAAUGAAAAUCGAUAUACAGAUUGAAAUGAGACAAGGUAAACGUUGCAGGGGUACAUUCCAAGGGGUGGUAAUACCAUCCGAAGAUGAGCUGAUACCAUGCAAAAUAUUGACUUCCCCGGAAAGUGUUAAUGCCUGGAUAGAUAAUAUAAUUAAGUUGGAGAUUAAUGUUUGGACAGUGUUCAGAGAAGAGAUGGUGAAGUUUAUUUCCAUCACGAAAGACUACGGUAAGUAUUUUAGCAACGAUUUGAGUGGAUUCGACAUCCCGAGAACAAGUUUAUUUUUGGAUUCUAUAAUUGACAUGACGGAAACGGCAAAUCUACAGGUUAUUUUUGCGACAACCGUCAAGAAUCUAAUCCGUGAUGACGUGAAGGAACUGAACGAUGUAAUGGAAAUGAUUGAAAACCUGGAAAAAUAUUUUAAAUUAUAUGUAAGGAAACAUCAUAAUUUCAUAGUAAAAUGCUCAAGGUGGAUGGAAUUUUUAACAAGGAACCUGUUGGAAAUACAAAAUACUCUAUAG